GGGCAACAACAUCACUGUAAAGGAAGAGAAGCGAAGUGGGAGAAGAAGAAGAAAAGCCUUCCCUUUGCUCUCUUUCCUUCAUCAAUGAGGCGACUGACCCCACGGCUCCCCCUCCUGCCCCCACCACCCUUCACUCGCGGGCAGCAAUGAUAGGUCUUCCAACCUAGCCAAGCAGGAGAAGGAGAAGGGGACGCUGGGAUGACACCACCACAAAGCCACACCGGCCUUGAGCUUCGUUCUACCCAGUCAGAAACCCAGUGUUGUUCUAGUCUAAGCUCGUAGCUAGUCUGCAAGAACCCCGACAGAAAACCGGCAGGAACGCCGGCCGCCGCCGCCGCACGCACGCACGUCGAUCGGGCGGCGCCGGUGUGCUCGUGAUGGGGAACUGCGCCGGCGUGCAGGGGAACGCCGAGAUCAACCCUUCGUUCAGUGCUCCCAACUCGUCAGGGACAGGUUCCAAGAACAGCAGCAAGAACGGGGCCGAUUCCAGCACGUUCGGCACCAAGGCGUCGGCGUCGUCGUCGGUGCCGCCGACUCCCCGGAGCGAGACGGAGAUCCUGCAGUCGUCGAACCUCCGCAAGUUCACCUUCGGCGAGCUCAAGGGCUCCACGAGGAACUUCCGGCCGGACAGCCUGCUUGGGGAGGGCGGGUUCGGCUCGGUGUUCAAGGGGUGGAUCGAUGAGCGAACGCUGACGCCCGUCAAGCCGGGCACCGGCAUGAUCGUCGCCGUGAAGAAGCUCAAGCUUGACAGCUUCCAGGGGCACAGGGAAUGGCUGGCUGAGGUGAAUUACCUUGGGCAGCUCUCCCACCCAAAUCUUGUCAAGCUCAUCGGCUACUGCUUCGAGGACGAACAGCGGCUUCUGGUGUACGAGUUCAUGCCGAGAGGCAGCUUGGAGCACCACCUUUUCAGGAGGGGAUCACACUUCCAGCCUCUCCCAUGGAAUUUGCGGAUGAAGGUCGCGCUCGAGGCUGCCAGGGGGCUUGCUUUCCUGCACAGUGAUCAGGCCAAAGUUAUUUACCGAGAUUUCAAGACAUCCAACAUUCUUCUUGAUUCGGACUACAAUGCAAAACUCUCUGAUUUUGGAUUGGCAAAAGAUGGUCCUAGUGGUGACAAAAGCCAUGUCUCAACCAGGGUCAUGGGGACACAAGGAUAUGCUGCCCCUGAAUAUCUCGCGACAGGCCAUUUGACCGCGAAGAGCGAUGUGUACAGCUACGGAGUUGUUCUUCUGGAGUUGCUGUCCGGGCAGCGCGCCCUGGACAAGAACCGGCCUCCGGGGCAGCACAACCUGGUGGAGUGGGCUAGACCUUACAUCACCAACAAGAGGAGGGUCAUCCAUGUCCUCGACUCACGCCUGGGAUCCCAGUAUUCGCUUCCAGCUGCGCAGAAGAUCGCGGGGCUUGCGGUGCAGUGCCUGUCAAUGGAUGCACGAUGCAGGCCGGGCAUGGAUCAGGUUGUGACCGCGCUGGAGCAGCUUCAAGGUGCAAAGAAAGCAGCCAAGUAGAAUUAUGGCUGUCUGGUGUCGUCAAAUGUCUCCAGUAGACCAGUCUCUACCUCUCCUGGAGCAUCCUGAUCGUGAGACACUUUGAUAGGAGUUAAAAACAGGAACUAGAGUGAUGAGGGACUUGAUCAGAGGACAGGCUUUCUGAAUCCGUGAGAACAUAAUGUGUAAUAUAUCUUGCUUUUUGUACAGCUAGCUGUUGCUCCUUUGCUCCAACUGCGAGCCCGUGGCUUGUGUUAAACUGUUGUGCUACCUUAGCAGUACACCUCAGAAACUUCAGUUAGUAUUGUCCUCAUAAAUGUUUUGAACUGCUUCUCUUGGAACAUUCUGCUCGCAGAAUUGCCUCCCUGAUAUUAUUCUCA